AAAGAUGUUCGUGGAUCUGGAAAGGAGAGAAACGGAACGUUUAGUCACUCAGCUGGCAUAGAAAUGGGCUUAAAGUUGACAUGUCAAAUUGCUUGGCAACCGGCAAUGUUUAAUCGAUAGCUCGCAAAGGAUUUGUCAAGAUGAGCAAACUAGACGACCUGCUGUCCAAAAAGAAGACGGUGGUGCCCGUCUUGGACCUCAGCCGCAGCAAUAUCCAGACCGUCGAGGAGUUCAAACGGCUGCUGGAGAAGGUGCCCGACUACAAGAUGCGACCGGUGAAGGUGCGCGCCGAGGAGAUAAAGAUCCGGGAGAAGGACUACGCCUUCAAGAUGCCCAAAAAAGAGAUGCGAAAGCUGCUGCGAGCCAACGGGGAACGAGAGGCGAUGUACACGUAUGCGGAUCCGGUGCCCGGUGAAAUGAAGGAUGUGGUGCUGAUGGAACUGUGUGCGGUGCCCAUCGAUUGGAAGAUGCUGACCACGCUGAGGCCCAAGAACAAACAGGAGGAGGAGUACUUCAGCCGCAUGGUUGAGAUGGGAAAGCUGGAGCUAAAGACCGAGGCUCGCGAUCGCCGGGAGUUUGCCCUCAACAAUUGUGUCAAGAAAAUCAAGAAUAAAUCCGGAAUUGUGGAAACUCGACUGAUGACCUGCGAGUCCUGCGGCGAGGAAAUGUGUUGUGGCAAGACUUGCGGCGACUUCAAUUACGAUCUGUACAUUCGGGUUGAGGCCAGGGUGGUUAAGCCCAAACCGGCACCUUUGUCCUCCAACAAGGCCAAAUUAAAUGGACGCAAAAAGUCAUCGGUGGGCGGAACCAAGAUCAAGGUCAAAAAAUCCUCAAGCAAAGCCAGUUAAACUAACCGAUUGAACACUAAAUAUUUACAAACUUUCCAAAAAUUGACUUAGCUUUUGUACUCGUAUUUAUUUGCUACUAUAUUGUUAAUUAAAACAACACGUUUAUCUCAA